CAGGGAGCAAUAAUAGAUCAUGAGACAUGAUACCGAGGUUUCGUGAAUCCGGUCUCACGCUGAAGCCAGCAGUCGCAACCCGGGCUCCGUGAGGAUAUCCGCCCUCAUUUCGCGCAGCAUCGACGCCUGUCAUCAUGUGUGGAAUUUUCGCCUAUCUGAACCACCUGACUCCGAAGGAUAGGAAGGAGGUGUUUCAGAUUCUGAUUCAGGGACUGCAGCGGCUGGAGUACCGUGGUUACGACUCGGCGGGCGUUGGAGUGGACGGAAAGGAUGGCUCCAUCGAGAUCUACCGGGCCAAGGGCAAGGUCAAGAACCUCGAGGACCUCAUCAUGUCCGAGGACAACAAGCAAGACAUGAGUGAGAUUCUCAAGACGCACGUCGGCAUUUCGCACACGCGCUGGGCCACGCACGGCGUGCCGGCGCCCGUGAACGCGCAUCCUCAGCCAUCGGAUGCCUCCAAACAGUUCAUCUGUGUGCACAACGGCAUCAUCACCAACUACAAGGACAUCAAGCAGUUCCUGAUUGCCAAGAACCACGUGUUCGAGUCUGAGACCGACACCGAGAUCAUCUCAAAGCUGACGCUGCACAUGUACCGCGACCACCCGAACCACACGUUCCAGCAGAUUGUGGAGCUCGUCAUCCAGCAGCUGGAGGGUGCGUUCGCGCUGUGCUUCAAGUCUGUGCACUUCCCGAACCAGGUGGUGGCUGCCCGGCGCGGCUCGCCCCUGCUCGUGGCCAUCAAGACCAAGGAGCACCUGGCCACCGACCAUAUCCCCAUCAUGUACAGCAAGGGUAUGGGCGAGUCCACCGAACCCGUGAACCUGCAGGGACUCGGCCAGGGUGGAAGAGAGGACUUCAAAGGCGAGAACACCAAGUCGCGGAAGAUCAGCCCGGCUGAUGCGCGUCACGUGCCGGCCGGUACUCACGGCGUUAACGUGCCACUGAUCCCGCGCACCGAGUCCACGGCUGAGUUCCUGCCGACUGGCGACUCUCAGGAGAUCGAGUACUUCCUGGCGUCGGACGCCUCUGCCGUCAUCGAGCACACCAACCGCGUCAUCUACCUGGAGGACGACGACGUGGCCUGGAUCCGUGACGGUAUGCUCAGCAUCCACCGUCUGAAGCGGGAGAGCAUGGACGAGUGCAGCACGCGCGAGGUGCACACACUCAAAAUGGAGAUCCAGGAGAUCAUGAAGGGCAGCUUCUCGUCGUUCAUGCAGAAGGAGAUCUUCGAGCAGCCUGAGUCUGUCGUCAACACGAUGCGAGGACGCAUCAACUUCGAGGACGAGACUGUGGUGCUCGGCGGCAUCAAGGACUACCUGCCGGAGAUCAAGCGCUGCCGUCGUCUGAUCCUGAUCGCGUGCGGCACCAGCUUCCACUCCGCCAUCGCUACGCGCCAGCUGCUGGAGGAGCUAACGGAGCUGCCCGUGAUGAUCGACCUGGCGUCCGACUUCCUCGACCGCAAGACGCCCAUCUUCCGCGACGACGUCUGCUUCUUCAUCUCGCAGUCCGGUGAGACGGCCGACACGCUGAUGGCUCUGCGCUACUGCAAGUCCCGCGGCGCCUUGAUCGUGGGCAUCACCAACACAGUGGGUUCGUCCAUCUGUCGCGAGUCGCACUGCGGUGUGCACAUCAACGCCGGCCCCGAGAUCGGCGUGGCCUCCACCAAGGCCUACACGUCCCAGUUCAUCUCGCUGGUCAUGUUCGCUCUGGUCGUGUCCGAGGAUCGGCUCUCCAUGCUGCCGAGACGCCGCGAGAUCAUCCAGGGUCUGAAGGUGCUGCCGGAGCUGAUUAAGGAGGUGCUGGCGCUGGACAGCAAGAUCGAGGAGCUGGCCACCGGUCUGAAGGGCGCCCGCUCCAUGCUGGUGAUGGGUCGCGGCUACAACUACGCCACCUGCCUCGAGGGAGCCCUGAAAGUGAAGGAGAUCACGUACAUGCACUCGGAGGGUAUCCUGGCCGGAGAGCUGAAGCACGGCCCUCUGGCGCUGGUCGACCCCGGAAUGCCCAUUGUGCUCAUCUGCACCAGGGAUCCCACCUACGUGAAAUGCAUGAACGCGCUGCAGCAGGUGACCGCCCGCGAGGGCCGGCCGAUUCUCAUCUGCAGCAAGGGCGACACCGAGCCGGCGCGCUUCUCCAACGCGCUGCUCGAGAUCCCGCACGCUGUUGACUGCCUCCAGGGCCUCCUGACGGUCAUCCCGCUGCAGCUGCUCUCCUAUCACCUCGCCGUGCUCCGCGGCUGCAACGUCGACUGUCCGCGCAACCUCGCCAAGUCGGUGACGGUCGAGUGAGCCGACCGGCGCGACACCUAGGGAUCAAUUCGGGAACCAUAGCUGCCGCCGCCGUCCACAGGUGGCGAGCCGGCCGAGCCGGCUGGCGGCCAGUGCCUUAGUGAUUAGCACUUGAACUUUGAAAGUGUUGUGUAUUGCAUAUAUGUGAAUGGUGAUUGCUUGCCAAACGCUGUCGAUAUCAGCGAUGUGUCCUGGUGUCGGGUCAUCAUGAAGUAUAACUUCCCGCAGCCGACAGUAGGUGGCAGUGCGUUCUAGCGCUGGGUGGCUUUGAACAGCCUUUUAUAUCAACGGACGAGACGACAACGUACAAUUAAGAUCAUAGAGAACCCUACGAGAGACCUAGUGGUCAUUGCAAUUCCAACGAAGGGACCACAAAGCUAACUAACCAUGUCAAGCAUGCGCGUUAAAGGCUGGGACUUUAACGCCACAAUGUCCUCUGAAUGCCAUGGAGUAACGGAGGCGAACUAGGACGGGAGGAGUGGAGGAUUGGAGGAUUUAGGAGCUGGUGGAAUGGAGGAGAGGCCAGGGUGGCGGGGGCCUUAUGUAGCGGGUCUGUAGGAGCAUGAGGUAGCACACAGGUGGUAGCUUAUCGGGGCUUCUCUGGGAUUUCCACGGGCUAAGGUUGGGCUGGUGGGUGGAGGCUUCACUAAAAAUAUGCUGCUCUCUUGGGAUUUCUGGGAUUUCUAUGGGAUUAGGGACGGUAAGGGAGGGAGGGGUGGGGAUUCGGCGCGUGACUUCUGUGAUUUGUUAGAGUAGUAAUUUUGUGAACGAUUAUAUGGCACAGCUUCGCUGAAUUAUUUGAAACGGCCUUUACGUUUAAGUAUUGAAGCUUUUGUUUCAGAAAAUUCAGCAUUUGAUUGUGAUAUUAUGUGCAAUGCUUAGUACUUAAGCAAUGCGAAGCGUUGUCGAACAUUGUGAUGAAAUUCCUAGCAGCGAAGCUGUGUCAUAUUUUCCGAGGUGAAUGGACUUCUUACUUGUUCUUUAUCAUGUGUGUUGGUCACGAAAUCCGGUACUAUCAUGGUGCGAUUUAUUACGGCAUCAAUUUUCCCCUAACGAUUGUACUACUGAAGUACUGCUCAUGAAUUUCUUUGGUAAUAAAGGUAUAUUCAAUCAUA